AAAACGCAGCGUUUCUAGAAACCUUGCUGAUCUUGAAAGUUCCGAUAAAUUCAAGAAGAAACUGUUUCAUUUCUUCUCUUCUUCACUCUCCGUCUCUGGGUUCUUUUCUUCUAGAUUAAGCUCCAAAGAUCGUGCUCGUAUAUUUCAGAAUCUUCGCUGAAUUUUUGGUUUGAUUGGAACGGAUUGUUUCGCUAGUGCAAGAAGAUGAAUAGGAUCAGCGAUCUACCUGAUGAACUAAUUAGUCUAAUCGUGAGUACUCUUGCUGCAAAGGAUGCUGCGUCUUUGCUGGUUACCUCUAGGAGGUUUGGGAGUAUCUAUAGCAUCAUACCAGAUCUUUAUUUCAAUGACAAAGUAAAGUUUCAGGGGACUUUCACGAAUCUUGUGAGUGAAGCAAUGGCUCGGCUUGAAACGACAACGUGCAUAAGAAGAUUCUCUUUAAAAUCUGAAAGGGGUCUUGAUCCAAAUCGUAUCAACCACUGGCUACGUAAUGUGUUGAAUCUUCGUGGAGUCAUGGAUCUUGAAAUGGGCAUAUACGGUGAUAAUGGAUAUACAUUGCCUUUGGAGAUCUUCACUUGCAAGACUGUCAAGAAGAUGGAACUAGGGAGAGAAAUUGUUAUCAGUGUGGUGCCUGAGAAUGCUUUGCUUCCAGCGCUUGAGACUCUCAUUUUUGACAACGUUCGGUUCAGUAAUCUUGCUGAUUGUGCGUUCAAGGCGUUUCUUUCUGCUUGCCCUGUGCUUAAGGAACUAACCAUUGAUGGUAUGUACUGGGAAACUUGGGAUUGGUCAGGCAUAGUGUCUAGUCAAAGUCUUCAAAGACUUACUAUUGGUCGUGUAUUGCCCGACGGUUUUAAUGGGCCUGAUCAUCAGAACAUUACUUUUGAUACUCCAAAUCUUACUUACUUAGAGUACAGUGAUUUUGUCCCGGAUGGGUAUACAAUUCAUAGUUUUGAGUCCCUUGUAGAAGCUAAGCUCCAUCUUCUUGUGAUGGUAAAUCACGAAUGGCAUGGACAGUUUGCAGAAGAUGGUGAUAUCUUGUCUAGCAAUGCAACAAAUCUGAUUCAAGGGAUAAGAAAUGUCCAGAUCCUGCAAUUAUCAGCUCCUUAUAUGUUUGAGACACUUUACUUCUUCCGUGAUGCAAUUCCGGUAUUUGAAAAGCUACAUCAUUUAACUAUGACACAUGAUGAUACGGUAUUCUGUUGGAGAUUUCUUCCCUUUUUGCUAAAUAGGACUCCAAAUCUGAAGACCCUUGUUUUCGAGGGUGGACUGCACUAUGCUGAAGAACCUGAUGAUGUUGAAGAACCUGACGAUGUUGAAGAACAUGACUAUGUUUGCGGGUGUAUGUCGGGAUAUUCUUGUCUAUUGACAUGUCCUCUAGAGAUCUUGGAGUUAGACUUAUGGGAGCACGGCACUAUUGGUGAAUUGGAGCAAAUAAAACAUUUCUUAGGAAAACUCUCCCGUCUUGAGUUGUUGAAAGUUCAUUCUCGGGAAAGAUUAAGCAACAAGGAAAAGUUAAGAAUCGUCACGGAUCUGCUAAUACUUCCAAGAGCUUCGCCCAAGUGCAAGAUCCAGAUCAGUUUUACUUAAAAAAGCGUGAAGAACAGACUCUGGUUAUCCUAGUUGCAGUAGUCAGUUUUGUGCACAAUCUUUGUCCCAUUUAUCUCUAGUUACACUCUGUGGUCUUUUAUUGGAUUCUCCUAGUUAUCUUGAGUCUGAUUCAAUCUACUUUCUAUCCAUGUUUUGAUUUUGUAAAUGUUUCAAAUUGUACUUUCGAACAAGCCAAUAUCGAUCACUUGGGGCUGUUGGCAUAA